AAUGUAAAGAUUAAAUCAUUUGAUGCGUCCGUUGUUAAUGUCAAUAGGUCUAAUGUCAGUCAGCUUGUCACCCUCCGUUUGGACUCCCAACUAGUCCCCGUUCUCUGUCACAUGGGAGAUUUUGGAUGUGGAGAUGGAGGAUGGACGCCAGUUAUGAAGAUUGACGGCACAAAGGUGCAACUUCGUCACGUUUCAGUUUCUUUUGUGUAUAUAAUAAUUAGAGCCGAUUUAUAGAGCUGCCAUAAAUCUUAGAGCGUUAUAAAAGUGUUGAGCUUGAUGGCGAGAAUAUUACCUUCUAACUAAACGAGCGCAAGGGCCCUACGAAGGAAUAUUGGCGAGUAGUUUGUUACAUGGCUCUCGGACAAACUUUUUUAUUUUGAAUCUUCCGUCUUUUGCGAACAAUCAUAUGGGGAACAUUAUAUGGCAAGACUACCUUGCCAUAAAAUGAUAAUCAAUAAAGACUACAAAAAACCAACAUAUCUAUCAAAGACAAAAAAAAAAGACCAACAGCUUUCAUUUUUCCUAUAUUAUGAUAAGUUUAAAAAAAUUACCGCAGACUUGAAGAUUAAGACAGGCUGGCUUUAAAUGGUUUUAUUUGCCUGACCAUAAAUCUAACAAUACCAGCAUGAUGAUGGCUAUGAAGAUCAUACGUAUAACAAUCCAUAGGAUUAUUAGAGUAAUCAUUAGGAUACAUCAGAUCUACAAGCUAUAACUUUUCUUUGAGCGAAAAAUUACGUUAAUUGAGUAUUUUUGAUCGAACGAUUCUUAGGAGAGAAAUGAAGGAAUGAUUAAUUCUUUUUAGACAACCUUUCACUAUAAUGCGGGUUACUGGAGUAAUUAUGAAGAAUAUAACCUUCCCGGGGGAAAGACUGGAUUUGAUAAACAGGAAACAAAGCUGCCCACCUACUGGAACACGUCCUUCUCCAAGCUCUGUCUCGGUAUGAAAAUCGAACAAAAGCUUCAGUUCAUUGUCAUCAACAAGCAGGCUCACUCUCUGUACUCACUCAUCGCUGAUGAGCAUUAUCAUUCCACCUCACUAGGUCGUGGCACGUGGAAGAAGCUGAUUGGUUCGCAAGCCUCUUUACAGCGCAACUGCAACAGGGAAGGGUUCAAUGUCAUUUGUAAACAGAAGGAACAUUCUAAAGCAAGAAUUGGUAUCGUUACCAACAACGAGAACGAUUGUUACUCGUGUGACUCAAGGAUUGGAUUUGGCACAGGAGGGAUGCACGACUACUCUAACACAUGUGGUAACGAAGCCAUGCACUACACAGAUAAUGGUCAUAAACAUAUUAAAGCCAUGGGAUACAUCUUGGUACAAUGA